AUGGAUUACCACCGCAACUACCGUCCUUGCUCUACCUUCUUUGUUGAAGAUGACUAUGGAAUGGACACUCGGAUGCGCCAGGAACGUCAAGCGAAGGAGGAGCAUCAGAAGCUUGUGUCUCGUGAGCGUCAACUCGCCAUGGCGGAUGAGCUUUCCCACAUCACCAGCGAUGAACUCCGUGACGAUGUCCUGGGUCACAUGAUGGAGAUGGAUAGCCAAACCCUCCCCGACGUCGAAUCCAUUGACAUCCAAACCGAGAUCCAGUGGUUCAUGCGACCCUACCUUCUUGACUUCUUGAUCGAGGCUCACACUGCUUUCCAGCUCAUGCCAUCUACUUUGUUCUUGGCUAUCAACCUUCUAGACCGUUACUGCUCCAAGCGGGUGGUCUACAAGCGUCACUAUCAGCUGGUUGGAUGUGCGGCUCUGCUCAUUGCGGCCAAGUAUAACGACAAGAAGGAUCGGGUGCCCACAAUCAAGGAAUUGAAGUCUAUGUGCUGCUCUCUCUACGAUGACGAUAUGUUCACGCAGAUGGAAUGGCACGUGCUUCAAACCCUUGGCUGGACUAUUGGACAUCCGACAGUGGAUGCGUUCUUGCAACAUGCUCUGCUUGACGAUGUUUACGAUCCGGAGGAGGAACACAUGGCUCUUUACAUCCUUGAAAUUGCUCUCUUCCACCGGGACUUUGUCGCCAAGCCGUCCUGCGAGCUCGCUCGUGCUGCCCUGGCUCUCUCGCGCUGUAUCCUUAACCGGCCUCAGCCUCGCCACACUCACUGGGCAUCACAAUACGACUCCAUGACUCUUGUGGCUUUGUCCCAACAGUUGCAUCAGCCCUCGACAGUGGUGUCGCGCAAGUACGCUUCGGCUCACUACUCUCGGGUGUCCAAGGUUAUGGAGCACUUCCUCAACCGUCAAGCUUCUUUGGCUAGCUAUGCUCGUUGCACUCCUCCGGUUGAAACUCCUGUCGAGUCUCGACCUUACAACGGAGAAAUGGGUCUUGCUACUCCUCAGAAGUCUUCUCAGUUGACCGCUAUCCCCCACGGGUACCUCACUCCUCCUAUCACUCCGGAGAACGAGGCACUUGGGCAUGCGCAUGCUCAUCCCCACAUGGGAAACCACGACCCCACCCGCGGUAUUCCUACCGUCAAUGGCUGUUCUCCUUCUCCAGCGCCAUCUGCUGAGAUGCAAUACAUGAACAGUGAAGCAUACCAGCAAGAGGCUCUCUAUAUGGCUCAGCAAGCCGCGCUCCAACAUUUCCCGGCGGCACCUACGCACAUGGGAAUGGACCAGACCUAUUAG